AUAUUUGCGAAGAUAAAAUGAACAUAGACUCCGUGUUGGACAGUCUACAAUUAAUUGGCACAUUUGGUCAUAUUAUAUCAACAGCGGAAUCGUUAAUACUUCAUAACAGCUUGCUAAUAUUGCAGACUGAAAAUCACUUCCAAAAUGUAUUCUACUGGGGAAAAAUUUUAGGAACAGAAGAUGAUUACUAUAUAGCGUAUGGUUACUCCAAGGAUAUACUCUUGAAAAGAACCUAUUAUUAUAGCAAGGACUGCAUUAAUUGGGGAUUGUUGCCGCAACCAAAUAACAUUGGAUUGGAGUUAACUCCUUUAUGCAAGACCAAUUUCCAAGGAAAUGCCGCAUUAGUUACGGAAAUUAAGAUGGAAGAGGAGCAAAUCAUGGACGCCAGGUCAAACAAACCCCCAUUGAUAAAAAGACUGAAGGAAGAAGACAGAUUAUCAGCGACGGUUCAUCUAAUAACUAAAGAGGCAGCCGUUGUCCCACGCGGAGCGUUAUUUAAACGCUCAGAUGGCGUUAUUGUGGAAAAUCGGUCGUUCGAAGGGUUGAGUCCCUUAGAGGCCACAGACUUGGCUUCGUAUCAACAUUUUCGACCGGCAACUCAAAAAUUAAAAAACAAUUUGUUCGCUCGAAAAGAUUAUAAUUAUGCUAUAGACUUUUUGGACACCAUCGAUAUGGACGUUCCAACGAAUUGUUGGACUAUCCAGCCGACCAUAGACGAAACUGGCGUUAUUAUUAGGUCAAUGUAUUGGCCCGGAAUGAUAUUUUACCACUUUUCGAAAACACCGAAACACGGUUUUCUCUACACCGGUAACGGAAAAAAAUGUAUUGAUUUGCCGUUUAUGUAAUAUA